AUGGAUGGCCUACUAAAUGCUGUCAUGGAGCCGCUGCUUCAUCUGGGCCGUGGAGUUCGGUCAGGAAUCCUGUCUAAACUUCCAAUCCUCUCGGAGGACAAAUACCAGCAAUUCAUACACGCCUUCUGUGGCAUUCUCCAAGAAUUUCUUGAUAGUUCAUGCGCUCAGACUGAACGAGACAAUGCCAUUCGUGGGGCUUACCUGAGUGCUCGCAGACCAGCAUUUGGUGAUAUUGACUUUGCCACUGUCCCUAAAUCAACAAAGAGAGACACUACAGACGAAGUGUUGAUGGUCGAGAUGCAGGAAAAUAUCAACCUGCUUCAAUCGCUCAUCGAUGCUGUCUCGCGUCGAGCCGACUCCCUUGCGGCUACUUACAGCAGCAAGCCGCUGAAAGCAUUUGAUCAUGAGACAGGAGCACCUUUCCGCAUUUUGGCCAAUACAUGUUCAGCCGACGUCGCGCGAGAGGCUGUUUCGCAGAUUGCGCCCAUGUUGUCGAUGGAGUCAAAGGCGACUCUGUCGGACCUCGAGGAUCUGCUGAUCGACGCUCAAGAUUACUCGAUUAUGCGGAUGAAGAAGCUCUGCAACACCGUGAGUGACGACAAGCUCGAUGAAAAUGAGAUGUAUGGUGAUGAGGGGGACGAGGACGGGGACGAUGACGAGGAUGGGGAGGAUGUAGAGGACUCCGGAGAGGAAUCUAACGCUGAAUCAAAUGACAGCAAAAUGGCAGAGGAUCUAAGCGACGAGUAA